CCGGAAUACUGCAACACGGCAGCUUUUCCAAAUCUUUGCAUGCCAAUUGCCUUCCGACGGUAGCAACGACGCUGAAUCUGCAUAACCGUCGAACAUACACCCGACAAUCACCAUGGACGCUACCUUCGCGUCCUACCAGGCGCGGCUGGACAGCUUCGCGGCACCGAAAUCGAAGUCGCGUCGCACCUCCACCCGAUCGAAGAAGGCAGCCCCGAAAGCAGCCCAAAAGGCAGGAUGGCCCCUCGCAGCUCCACGACCGGAGGACCUCGCAUAUGCCGGGUUUAUUUUCAAGCCUACCUCAGCAAGCCCCGAUAACGUGCAAUGCUUCUCCUGCCUGACCCAGUUGGAUGGCUGGGAGGAAACCGACACCCCGGCUUUCGAGCAUCUCACCCACUCUCCAAACUGCGGCUUCGCCAUCAAUGUCUGCAUCCGUCUGAGAAGCAACGACCCGGGACGUACCGAGGAUGAUCCGCUCAGUGAGACAAUGCUGGAGGCGCGACGCAGGACCUUUGCGGAUCUGUGGCCGCUGGAUGCCGAGGCUGGGUACCCCAGCGUAGAGCAGAUGAUCAAUGCCGGAUGGUACUACGAUCCCAGCUUCGAUAUGCCCGAUGGCGUCUCCUGCCCGUACUGCUCCCUCGCCCUCGAUGCCUGGGACGCCGGAGAUGACCCGAUGGAGGAACACCGCAAGCGUUCUGCCGACUGCCUCUUCUUCACACUCAAGGAGUUCUACCACCCGACGCAGAAACCCAAGCCUACGCGCGGCAAGCGCUCGUCUAGCAGGUCCUCGACUUCCAGUCAAAAAGGCGCUAAGAGCACGCGCACCAAGAAGGCUGCUGCAAAGAAAGACCUCAGCAAACCGCUACCACCAACCCCCGAUGAGGCUCUGACUGAAGCAUUCGCGGAGUCCUUCGCAGAAUCGGUGUCGGUUGCAUCAGGACCUGCAAAAGCACCCUCGAAGGGACGCAAGACACGAAAGGCUACGCUUGAUGAAGCUCCAACCGAAGUGUUCGCGGAGUCGUUCGCAGAUUCAGUCGCGUCCGGACCCACAAAAGCGGCCGCAAAGGGACGCAAGACGACAAAGAAAGUGUCAAAACGUAUAUCUACUGCUUCGGUUGCUUCCACCACUCGCGGCACUCGACGCAACAAACCUACAACCGAUGAUAUGGAUGUAGAUGUUCCAGUCGCACCGGCAACUCGCAAUACCAGAACCAACAAGCGUACAAGCGACCACCUUGAUGUGGAAGACCAGCCAAAGGCGUCAGCCAAACGGGCCAGGAUCAGCGAUUUCUCGAGCGGUCUGCCGGAGUUGGCGCUUGAAUCCACGCCCCGCAUGAAGACCCCGCAGCCUGAGAUCAGAAGUCCCCAAGCUGCCCAGGCUGCCCCUCAAGCUGUUGCUGCAGCUAUCGACUUUGCCAGUGCAAGGACACCAGAAGGCUCCCCGAAGGUGGCCCCUGCACAUACGCAGGUCAGAACUCCAGAAGCCCAGACCGCCGAAAAGACCAAAUCAAACUGGGACCCAAUCAACAUCGACGGCUUCUUCGAGAAGCGGCAGGACGUUUUCGGUAUCAUCUCAAAUGUCAUGGUCGAUUCGGGUCUGGACAAAGAAAACAUCGAUGUCGAAAUGGGAGGCACCACCGAAGCCCUCGCGGGUGCUGUCAAAGCCGGCCUGACGAGCCCCGAAAAGAACAUGACAAUCGAGGAAUGGGUCAUGUACAACGCGAAACGAGGAGAGGAGAAGCUCAGGACCGAGUGCGAGCGCCAGAUUUCCGCUUUCGAAGCCGAAGGCAGGCGAGCGUUGGCGACUCUGGACGCAGUUCCCGCGCUAUAAACGAUCAUGGCGGACUGCAGUUAAUGGCGUUUGGGUGUGUUUUGAGGGCGGGUUCCCAGGGUUGUCGGGCUUGUAUGCCGCUAUCCGCCAUCCCCGCCCCUUCAUCGCGGCUUGAGAUAUCCAUUGGGUCGUAGGCUUUGACGGGCCUCCCCUUUGGGUGUCAACAUAGCCAGGUGAAGGGGUGGGUUGAGGCGAGGCAUUGCAGUUCGACUACUCUACUUCUUUUCUGUGUUGUACUCUAUCUUUCGGCGGUGUAUUCGUAGCGGGCGUUUUGGCUUUGUAUCACAAUAGAGGGCUGAAGGCGGACUUUUGCGGUUUGGCGUUCUGCAACGACGGAUGGCCUUGUGAAGGCCUUUGGGAUGAGCUGGAGGUUGCGCUUGACCAUACAAGCAUUCUGCACUGGCGUUGUUUUGUAACUUUGAAUGAAAGAUCAU